GCCAUAUGUACUAGAAUGCUGAGCUGGGUUUCACUCACAUCAUUGCAAACUCAUCAUGGAAGUUAUAACUACGAUUUUCUUUAUUGUUCUAUUGGACAUAAACACGAUUCAGGCAAACGAGUUUGAUGUUAAGCCCCAUGAAUUGGCUGAAGAUCAUAAAGACGAAUUUUUAAUGACAUUGAUCUUUAUGGACAAGGACGGUAGUGGACAAAUCACAGUCGAUGAGCUGAAACAUUGCUUAGAUCGUUUUAAAAUAGAAGUCACUAACGAUGAAGUUAAAGAAAUGAUCAGGGUGGCUGAUACAGACGGGAACGGGGAGCUCAGUGUAUCUGAGUUGAUGAAACAGUUUUAUGGACCUACUUGGGAACAAGUCAAAGAAAAUGUUGAUGAAGCGUUUCCACUUGCCGAUAAAAACGGUGACGAGAUGAUUGAUCAUGGAGAAUUAAAACAAUUUGUGCAUAGAAUAAAUAAAAAUUUGACCGAUGAUGAAAUCCAAAGAAUGCUCGAGGAUGCAGACAAGGACGGGGACGGGAAGAUAAGCCGAAGAGAAUUCUUUCUGAUCCUUCUACACAAUCAUAGGCGUAAUCCUGAGCCUGAGCCCUACAGAAGACAUACAUUUACAAGAAUUGGCAAGUGGGUACGAGGCAUUUUCCGCUUCAAAGCUUAA